AAUCUGAAGACUAAGACGAGCACCCAGACCAGCAUGCCUUCUUUUACCAGUCGCCCUUCUCCCUGCAUUGUUUAGGAUCAGCUGUGCAUGGAUCUGAAACCCCACCCAAUGAGGAAGGACAAACCAUAGGGAGGAACAGGGACUGCAAGAAAACAGAGCAAGGGGGCCUUUUACGAUAGUGUCGAUCAUUACAAGGCAAUAAUAACGAUUAUUGCCGUUUUCAGUGCAAUUUUCUCCCAGGAAGAGGAAGGAAGGCUAUAUUGCAACAUUUCUCCUACUGUGCGCCGCGACGGUGAAGUAGUCAGCUGAUAUUUCGUUAGCAAUUUCCAACGAGCGGCGACAAAAUGAUUGCCUUGAUUAACAAGCUUCUGGACUGGUUUAAAGCGCUGUUUUGGAAGGAGGAGAUGGAACUAACAUUGGUUGGUUUGCAGUAUUCGGGGAAGACGACCUUUGUAAACGUGAUUGCGUCGGGGCAGUUCAGCGAGGACAUGAUCCCUACCGUGGGCUUCAACAUGAGGAAGAUCACCAAGGGCAACGUCACAAUCAAGCUUUGGGACAUCGGAGGCCAGCCUCGAUUCAGGAGUAUGUGGGAGAGGUACUGCCGUGGAGUCAGUGCUAUUGUAUAUAUGGUUGAUGCUGCCGACCCUGAAAAGAUUGAGGCCUCCAAGAACGAACUGCACAACUUGUUAGACAAGCCCCAGCUGCAGGGCAUUCCAGUACUUGUUUUGGGAAACAAAAGAGAUCUUCAAGGUGCCUUGGAUGAGAAGGAGCUGAUUGAGAGAAUGAAUCUGUCCGCCAUUCAGGACCGAGAGAUCUGCUGCUACUCGAUCUCAUGCAAGGAGAAGGACAACAUUGACAUUACACUACAGUGGCUGAUCCAGCACUCAAGGACCAGGAGAAGCUGAGCCCCCCAGCCCUCAUCCAGCCCACCUUGACCUAACCCUGGAGGAACAGCGUCUGGUGCACACACACACACACACAAAUAUACACACACACAUAUACAUUUACAUGAACACAAAUACACACACACACACAUACACUCACUCACUCACAGGCUUCUCAAAUUUACUGUUCUAAACAAAAAAUAGUAAUCCCUCACCGCCCCUCGCAUUUCCUCUACACCCCCCCCCCCCCCCCCCCCCCCACCUGCCCCUUCCCCACCCAUUACACAUUCAGCCAAGUUCUAUUCUUGUAAAGACAUUGUGUAAAAAAUAUGAUUUGCACUGCUUUUUUCUCUGGUUUUGUAGGGUUUUUUUUUUUUACAUACACAUUUUUUUACAAGUGACUGACACUGUCACUGAUCAAAUAACGGCUUGUUGUUUACCUUCUUUGCGCUUUUUUUGUUGACCUUUUUUUGUUAUUCGUUUGUUUGUUUGAUGGGGGUCUAAAAUGUCACAUGUUGGUCAGAGGGUUUCAUUGUUGGCUCGGUCUCACCUUAAACAGCCACAGUGGAGAGAUCCAUAUGGCAUGCUUUUCUUCAGCAUUACCACCUGUGACUGGAUAUAGUGGCUGUUUGGAUGGGUCACUUUUUCAAAGCGGUUGGUCAUAUUAUCGGUGGCCAGAGUUAGGUCACAGAUAGUAAUUUGUGAUUUCAGCUCCUUGGUUGAUGACUGUGAUUGCCACCGCUGAUUUCCUGAAAAGGAAAAGUCCGACCUUUGGCUGAGGUGCGUGUGUGUGUGCGUGUGUGUGUGCGUGCGUGUGUGUGUGGGGGAGCCAGCCUAAUACCAGUUAAUCAUAGUUUUAUGGGUAGGAGAAGGGAAGUGAAGCUGGCCAUGAUUGCUGAACACACCACUUGCCUCAGUGUGCAGCUUUUCAUCUUACCAACAGAAGAGCUGUGGAUACACACUUGAGAAAAAGACCAGUAAUGAUUGUGCUAGUUGCUCUAUCUUCUGAAUGCAUCUGCAAAACACAGUAGCCAUAAAAUCAGCUCUAUUUCCUCAGCGAGAUACUUGCAUGCAAUGACGCCCCUGUCCUCCAACCCCACCUGUCCUUGCUAUGUCGUCUUGGCAUUUUAUGUUGUGAAUUUACCUGGAAAUUCAAUGUGCAAACUAUGUAUCUUCUUGCCUUUGUCUUGUAUUACCAAGCUGUAAGCAAAAUUUAGUAAUACCUGUAUCAUGAAGAAAGUGAUUUGCUGACAGCUCUUAUGACCUGACCAGACUUGCGUUAUGAGAUACCGUGUGUGGUCUUGUCCCUCUGUGUAGACCAGGUCAGCUCGUAGCCCAGUCAGUAAAGAUGUUAAGUGUAUUUAAAAUAGCCCUCCCACAGGAGCAGGAAGCACACAAGUGGUCAGCUUAGCUCUGGUGGAAAUCUUGUGAGAGUAACUCUCGGCCACUCGGACGCUUAUGUUUUUGUGUAUUUACAGCAUCAAAAUGAAAUGAUGUGUACAGUGCUGAGACCAUUUGGUUCAAAAUUGAAUGAUGAAGAUGAUGAUCAUAAUCAGAACCAGCAUGUUUGUCCAUUAUUGGAAUAGAUUAGAUUAUAAAAGUCAAUAUUUUUUAUCUGCAUCAUGUGAUCUGUUGUUACAUAUACCCUCAUUAAAGCCAUAGUUUGCUCUUUUUAACCUUUUUUUUGGAAGGUUCCCAAAAUUUUAAACCCCUUGUAUUAUUCUCCUGAUUGGACACUGUUUUGAACGUAUUUCUGAGAGCACAGAUUCAGAGGCUUAUGCGGAGUUGAAUUGAGUGCACAUUUUCAGCACGUUGUUUCUGUUUCACACAUUCCUGUUGAGGGGGUGGGGGCAGUUCAGCCUCUUUUGAUACUCUGUGGUCCUAUGCACAUCAUGGUUUCGGAUCCUCCAACAGCUUUGCACUGCUUCUUGGGAAAAGGUUAAUACCUUUCGAUCUUAUGCUUGGUAGCUUGACAGCGUGGGAAGAGUGAGGGGAGACUCCGCUAGUUGGAUGGUGGACCCGUGUUAGUUUGAAAUAUUUUCUGAUUGGUAUGCAAUUCGUUUGGAUUUGGUUUAGGAUAAGGUAUAUGUUGCACGGUCCGCCAUUAGAUGUCUUAAAUGAACAAUGCUAGAAUGCAUUCCUGGAUUUGUGUGUGUGUGUGUGUGUGAUUCUUGGAUCAGAGUCUGUACACCCCCUGCUACACCAGACACCAGCAGUUCCAACAGUGCUUACUGCAUUCUUUUCAUUUUGACCAUUUUUUCCCCUUGUCUGCCAGGCUCUUUAUACAUCACACACUAAUACACCUGACUGUGUUGGCUUGGGUUCAGCUGUCUUAUCUCUGGGUUUGAACUGACCAUGCCAUUAUGGGAGUCAUGGAAACGCACAAUUCUGUGUGAAAGGCCCCAAAAUUCAAUUUGCCAGAUGCCUUUUUUUUUUCUUCUUCCUUUUGUACUGAUUGCUUAAGCUGUUGGAAGGUGUACUGUGUCAGUUUCAUUUUUUGAAGGUACGUUUCCGUUACAUUAUACAUAUGUACAUUUGCAAGCAAACAAACAAACAACCUUUUGGCAUGUUUUUGAAGAGUUUCUAUUUGCUCUCUCCGAUGGGAUGUUGUACAUAGCAACUUGGAACCAAAACAAACUUGCCUGUCUGUUCAAGUCCUAUCAGUUUUUGUGAAACCUGUGUGCAAAAAAACAAACAUAUGUGUAUAUAUAAAGCAUAAAUUGUUUUAUUAGCUUUGUUGGUGAAGGAGUGAGUUGUAAUAGGCAUAACCUGUUUCUGUUUGGUGGAGGGAUCUGUUGGGAUACAUGGGGAUCACCUCUUUUUAUUGCAUUAGUGAAGGGGUCCUUUUCAGUUGCAAAGGAAUCCCCUCUCAUAAUGAUUGAGGAAUCCUUUGGGUAGUAUGGGGAUCACCUGUGGAGGAAAGGCCACUUGUGUGCUGCAUGUCGACAGGCAGUCUGUCACCUCAUGGUAGCAGGGCCUUGGGGCUAAGUUUGGCCUGAGAUGGCAAGAAGAGCUAUCUUUCAGCACAGAUUAUUUUUUUCCUUGUUCUGGCGCUCUGUCUCUCUCUCUCUCUCUCUCUCUCUCUCUCUCUCUCUCUCUCUCUCUCUCUCUCUCUCUCUCUCUCUCUCUCUCUCUCUCUCUCUCUCUCUCUCUCUCUCUCUCUCUCUCUCUCUAUUCUUCCCCUCACGGUGUUCAGGAAUCAGAGAGACUCCUGGUGAAAUAGAAGAUUUUGGACUUUAAUUUUUGUCCAUAAAUAAUUAAUUGAUAUAGGUUAUUGGUAUUCUGUGAUGUCAGAGCAAAAGAAAAUGGGUCAUACUUCUGCCGGAUGUUAGAAGAUGUUGCAAAGCCAAACCUACAGGCUUGAACCCCAUACUAUAAAUAUCCUAGUCACCUUUAGGUGGCAGCAUUGGCCACUGUUAGCAUUGCUCUUUAUGAAGUUAACAUCAGGUUGAUAUUUAUACAGUCUAUGGUUGACAUUAGUCCAUUCCUUGUCUCCCAGAAGUCCACAGGUGUAUUGAUACUUUACUUUUUUUGAACAAGAUCUUUGACUCCCUUUUCUAAUUCUUGGCGAGUUCAGCAGAGCUCCACAUUGGCCUUUAUUUCUCUCCCCUGUUUUCUUUCUUGUUUUUCAUUUGUUUUGAGGUGGUAGUCUAUUCAAUAAGCAGUUUGCAAAAAGAUAAGAAAUUACAAUAACAAAAAAAGACAGCGAUGCCCUUCCUCCAGAGCGUAAUCCAUGAUGGGUUUUGAAAGGCUUGGCGUUUUUACUGUGUGUUACUAAUAUCUGAUAACUGGGAUGCUCUGAGAUCAUGGAGGACACCUGAGCACACUACUGGUUUUUAUCAAGUGCUAGCAUCAUGGGCCUCAUGUGAACCCAUGCCCUGCAGCAUGAAAUAUCAGUCCUAUUCAUAAUACACUAUUUGGUCCCCUUAGAAAAGAAGAAACAUGUAUGUAUUCUAUGUAUUAAUGAUAAAAAAUAGGCUGUUCCUUACUAUCUUUAUUAUAACACUCUUUCUUUUGGAAAAUAACUUUUUAAAGAAUUGUUGACAUGAUAACAAGUGUUUCUGUAUAACUACUUUGAAGAAACUUUCAACUGAUGAAAACAGGUUACUUUUAUUUUAACUUCUCUUUAUAUUCCCUUGUCCCUCCAGUGAGAACUGUACAUGUUGCUAUUGUUAUCUUGAGAUAAUUUAAAGAUGAAGAAUAAAUGAUUUCCCACUCAA